AUGAACGCCUGCGUCCUGUCGAUCCAGGCCAAGCCCGCGCUCCGCCUUCGCGGCUCCAAGCCCGUCGCGCGUCGCGCCCGCGUCGCAUCUGUGACCAGGGCCGUCAUCUCCGAUCCCCCUCCGAUCAAGUCCGCGACUAAAUUCACGCAGGACUGGGCGCUCCAGGGCGUCCCCAAGGACGAUGAGAUCGCCGGGACAUUUGUCACCCACCUCGAAUGCUCCCUCACCGGCGAGAAAUACAAAGCCGACGAGCUUCACGGCCUCGCCGACUCCGGCAAGCCCCUCCUCGUCCGCUACGACUUCCAGGCGCUCAAGGGCAAGCUGACCCGCGAGAUCCUCGCUUCCCGCCCGCCCACUUUGUGGAAGUGGCGAGAGAUGCUCCCCGUGCGCAAGGCGGAGGACUGCGUCACCCUCGGCGAGUGGAUGACCCCCAUCGUCGACGCCCCCAAGCUCGCCGCCGAGGCUGGCCUCGAGGAGGGCGGCGCGCUCCUCGUCAAGGAUGAGGGUCGCCUGCCCACCGGCUCCUUCAAGGCCCGCGGCCUCGUCAUGGCCGUCUCCAUGGCGAAGGAGCUCGGCGUGACCCGCAUGGCCAUGCCCACGAACGGCAACGCCGGAGCGGCCAUGUCCGCGUACUGCUCCCGCUGCGGCAUCGAGACGUACAUCUUCGCCCCCGAGGAUACCCCGGACACCAACAUUCGCGAGAUGGCGCUCCAGGGCGCCAACGUCUGGCGCGUCAACGGCUACAUCGACGACUGCGGCAAGAUCGUCGGCGGCGGCAAAGAGGAGAUGAACUGGUUCGACACCUCCACCCUCAAGGAACCGUACAGGAUCGAGGGUAAGAAGACGAUGGGCCUCGAGCUCGUGGAGCAGUUUGGCUGGGACGACCUCCCCGACGUCAUCAUGUACCCCACCGGCGGCGGAACCGGGCUCAUCGGCAUGUGGAAGGCGUUCGGCGAGCUCAAGGAGCUCGGCUUGAUCAAGCCCGAGACCAAGCUGCCCAAGAUGGUCGCCGUCCAGGCCACCGGGUGCGCCCCGAUGGUCAACGCCUACGACGCCGGCGAGGAAUUCGCCACGCGCGUCGACAACGCCUUCACCCGCAGCGCGAUGGGUAUCCGCGUGCCCGCCGCCGUCGGCGAUUUCCUCAUCCUCCGCGCGGUGCGUGAGUCCGGCGGGUGGGCCGUCGCGGUCACCGACGACGCCAUCGACGAGGGACAGACGGAGUUUGCCAAGAAGGAGGGAUUCCUGCUGUGCCCCGAGGGCGCCGCGACCUACGCCGCGUUCAAGAAGGGACUCGCGAACGGCAAGAUCAAGAAGACGGACCGCGUGCUGCUGUUCAACUGCGCCACCGGCCUGAAAUAUCCCAUGCCCCCGUCCAACAACGACAUCGACAGGCACCAGCCCAUCGACUACGGGGUGAUUGCCAAGGGUAUCUAAAGUUUGUCGAAAGCCGACGAACGAGUGUGUAUGAGUAGACGGAGGGGAAAACGUAACACGCCCCGUGUUUAAAACGUAAUACCUCCAGCGUCCUAGGCGGCUGCUGGACUGCGCGAAGCAUUUUUUGGCAAUAAACCAUUGCAUUCUCAUCAUUGAC